CUCUGGUUCACAUUUCCAUUCGCUUUUCUGCACCGUCUCCCGUCAUCAGUCGCUAGCACUCCGUUUCCCCCGCAAGACCCAGAGUGGGACUCUAGACACUGAGGUCGAAGCUCGUUGUUUCGAGAAAAAUGGCGCAGGCAAUUCGUUUCGUCGAGCUCAACACCGGGGCCAAGAUGUCCUCCGUCGGGCUGGGCACUUGGCAGUCCGAUCCCGGCGUCGUCGCCGCCGCCGUCACCGACGCCAUCAAGAUUGGGUACAGGCAUAUUGAUUGUGCUCAAGUUUAUGGCAAUGAGAAGGAGGUUGGUACUGCUCUCCAGAAAUUAUUCAGCGAGGGUGUGGUGAAGCGUGAGGAUUUGUGGAUCACUUCCAAGCUAUGGUGUAAUGAUCACGCACCAGAAGAUGCUCCCAAGGCAUUAGACAGAACCUUGGAGAACUUGCAGCUCGACUAUCUGGAUCUUUACCUGAUCCACUGGCCCGUGAGCAUGAGGAAGGGCUCGGUCGGCUUCAAGCCUGAAAACCUUACCCAGCCAGACAUACCCAGUACGUGGAAAGCGAUGGAGGCACUAUACCAUUCGGGCAAGGCUCGAGCUAUUGGAGUGAGCAACUUCUCCUCCAAGAAGCUUGGCGAUUUGCUGGACAUCGCGGAAGUUCCUCCUGCUGUCAACCAAGUGGAAUGCCACCCUUAUUGGCAGCAAGGGAAGCUGCGCGAGUUUUGCAAAUCCAAGGGCGUACAUUUAUCGGGUUAUUCGCCCUUAGGUUCCCCGGGCACGGGAUCUCUCAAGAGCGAUAUCCUUAAGAAUCCAGUUAUCACUACCAUAGCAGAGAAACUGGGCAAGACUCCGGCUCAGGUGGCACUUCGUUGGGGACUCCAACUGGGCCACAGCGUGCUUCCCAAAAGCACGAACGAAGCAAGAAUCAAGGAAAACUUCAACGUCUUCGACUGGUCCAUACCCGAUGACUUGUUCUGCAAGUUUUCUGAAAUACCUCAGGUGAAACUGAUCAAGGGUACCGGCUUUGUGCAUGAGACCCUGGGUGCAUACAAGACGGUCAAAGAACUUUGGGACGGCGAGGUUUGAAUAGACAUAAGCAACCAAUCUGAAGCUUGAGAGCUGCGUUUUUCGUCAAUACCUUAGCUUAGCUUCUAUUUUACUUUCAUAUUAGCUGCUUAUGCCUAUGUUUAAUGCAGAACAAUAAAUUCGAACAUCUUAUUAGCCUUUUAGCUCAUCAAUCAGGGUAACUGCGAUUGAAGAUGCUUGAAAGGCGCGACUGUUUGCGUAUUCUUGUCUGAUAUAUAUGACCUACUGUUAUGGAGUCGUAUUCAA